AUGAUCUGCUGAAUGGCUUAUCAGUCAUUGCUGAUGAAGGGCUUAUGCCCAAAAUGUCAAUUCUCCUGCUCCUCAGAUGCUACCUGUCCUGCUGUGCUUUUCCAGCACCACACUCUAGACUCUGAUCUCCAGCAUUUGCGGUCCUCACUUUCGCCUGAACUUUGUCUACAUCCCAACCUUAUACACAGCUUCCUGCUCUCAACAAUCACCUUCACCAGAGGAGCAAGUUCUGCCUUUUUGAUGUAGCAAAGAAGUUCAACUGAUAGCAAGCCAUGUAAGGAUAUGAUGACUCUUGGCGGCAUCUCGCACCGAAACCGUUGAAGCGGAUAUGACGGUGCGGCCACAGUGAUUGACAGCGCCUCCUCCAGCCAUAGCACGGGGACGACAUCGGCGGGACCAACAGGCUCAAGCGGAAGGGGCGGGCUCAGGCGGUACCGGUGAUUGACGUUCCAGCCUGCGCAAUGAUUGGACGCAAGCCGUUGGGGUGGGCGGUAACCAGCGGCAGCACGGAGCCGGAGAGGUCCGCCAUUUUUGUCUGUUGUUCGCUCGUUGGGGCUGAGGUACGCCCGCUCCGUUCUUCUCUCUGGUCGUGUUGACGUUCCUUUUGCGGUUGAUUUUUUUAAAAAAACAAUACGGGGGAAACGGGUACGGCGGGAAGAAGAAGAAGAAAAAAAUAAAGAAAAAUGGUGAAGAUUUUCGUGGGUAAUCUACCACGGCCAACCACCGCCGAUGAGAUCCGGGCCUUGUUCGAGAAGUACGGCACCGUGAGCGAGUGCGACCUGAUCAAGAAUUAUGGCUUUGUGCAUAUGAAGGAUCGGGAAGCAGCAAAGGAGGCGAUUGAGAACCUCCACCACUACAAGUUGCAUGGUGUCUCCAUUAAUGUGGAGGCAAGCAAGAGUGUGUCCAAGUCCUCGACGAAGUUGCACGUGGGUAAUGUUGCAUCUGGCUGCACCAGUCUGGAAUUGCAGGCCAAGUUUGAGGAGUAUGGAACCGUCUUAGAAUGCGAUAUUGUUAAGGACUACGCCUUUGUGCACAUGGAGAGAAGCGAAGAUGCCAUGGAGGCUAUCAGGGGGCUGGAUGGCACAGAAUUCAAAGGUUAUCGCUCAGAUCCUUUCUUGCGGGUCACAGCACACAGAGAGUUAAUACUGGUUUCUCCUGGCUGUUCUUGCAAGCUAAGGAUGUACAUUAUUCUCUGAUCUUCUAUGAGGGACACAGUGAAAACAUUCCUCAGAGCACAAGAGCAGAAUAUCGAUCCCAAUUAGCUCUCUGCUGUGAUGUGGACACCACAGAGACUUUGAGAGAAACUGGGUGAAGCUUAUCCAUCUGUGCUUGUACCUGGGUUGCUGAAUUCCUUAGUGGAGAAACUGGCUGAAAAUGAAAUAAGAGUUUGAAAAGGAAAAAGACAGGUGAUAUGGGCUAGUUAGAUACUUGUACUAACUUGUACAGCCAACAAGAAACUCAGGUUAAGGAUGGAAACCAGUAGUGACUGAAAGGAGCAGACAUAUCAUCAGGAGACAAUUAAUAAUGUCAAACUUGGGUUUUUAUUCUUAUGAAGGUGUUCGGAGAAAUGAAAACUGAGGGAAGAAAGCAACGUAGUUUUCAGGCUCUGCAAAAGGAUCAGCAAGAAAGAAAAGGGCUAGAUUUUCUGACAGUCUGUCACCCCUUAUUUCUGACAGGAGAGCACAUUUCUGAUGAGAGAAUUCAAUCUGGGCUCCUUCAGAAGAGCACAUCCAUCCUUCCAUUCUGACAGUUCUCUUAUAGUGCAGCACUGCUGGAAGAGAGCAAACCACUUCCCCUUUUCACAGAAGUCUGUGGGUCAGGAGCAGGAUAUGGGUGGGGAGGGAUGUGGAGGCAGAGCAGGGGAAGUUGGACUGAGCAGAAGAAGGGGCUAAUGUGGACCUUGUCCAAAGUAGGGGAAGAAGGGAAUGUGUCCAAAGUAAGGAUGGGCUGUGUCUGGUCUGGAGUGGGUGGAGAAGGUAACACAAGUCCCAUGGGGCGGAGACAAAUCAGCUCUGAACAAGGGAAAGGUGGUAGCAAAUCUGAGAAUGGGGUGUUUCAGGUCUUGGACAGAGAGAGAGGAAUGUAGUCAGGUUAGGGUCUGGAAAAUUGUAAAUAGUCUGGGAAACGGUGCAGUUGAGAGCCAAACAUGGUGUUAGUAUUUAAUUGUCUAACUUUUCUUGAGUAACUAUUUAUUUGGCUUCAGCAAACCCUCCGAGUUUUCCAGUUUAAAUUGAUGCUGUCAGAGGGCUCCAAGUGUAGAGGAAUUACUCAGCGGAAUCUUCAAUUUCCUUGAGAGUUUGCUAUAAUGGGAAUCCCACAGGGUUCCCAUGUACAUCUCCUUUGUGUGAUGUAGUAACAACUUUUGACACAACAGUAAAUCCAGGCCAGAGUGACACUAAAGAGUCCAGUUCUUUGCAGUUUACAAGGAUCAACAGAUUAAAGUCUGGAAUGCAACUCAUAGCAUCAAUAAAAUAAAGAGAGAAUGGAAAAGUUGGAAGUUACACAUUGGCGAUCAAAUACAUGUUGGUAUGAGCAUGUGAGAACUCCUGGCCUACACCCAGGUCAUGCGAUAACCGAGUACAACAGGACUCAACAUCUGGGGUUCCGGGGGUCGUUGUUCUCAAGUCAGGAGCAGGUCUGCUGUGCUCAGAAAUGGGACCGGGAACUCAGGCCCAGAGAAGUACCUGUGCCUGUGAUUUCUAUUGCUGCCCUUGCCUACACUCCCAUCACCCUUCAAGAUGGGAGGAAGAGAAUUAAAAAAGAAAAUAAAUUUAAAAAGCAAUGUGUUACUAUUAGAAGCAACAGCCCCCACUCCCUCGCCCAGCCUGAGGGGCUUUGGAGUAGUUGUACGAUGCACUGUAACUAAUGUGGAACAUCCAUAACUAAGUGUUUCUAUGACUGUAUUUGAAAUUAAUAAGUUACCUGCAGUUUUAAGUAAUGUUGCUUCUCCCCAUUAAAACAGCCAGAGAAAGCUGUAGAGAAUGAGAGCAAUAAGCCCAACACAGCUUUGCUGCUUAUACUAACCUGGCCCCUGGCAUUGCUCGAUCUCCUGAUUUCAGCAUACAGUGCUGGUUCACUUGCCGCCUCAUUGUUACGAGCUUUAAAUAAAAAUAAUUGCUGUUGGAAUUAUGUUUGGCAUGUCUAUUUGUAAAAUAAAAAGAA